AUGGCUGUAGGGAUUAACCUCCACAACGUUUCGCAGCUUCUUGAGCUCCGCGUUUUGACUCUGCGCAUCCUCUGGACUAUUGGCGAUGAAGAUGGCGCAGCAAUUGUGGCAAAGAAUAUUAUUCCUGUGUCGAAUAAGGAUUCGGUGGAAACUGUCCAGCCGGCAUUCGGGUCCCUUAAGCGCCCAGUUGAGGCGGCGGCUGAGGAAGACAGCGAGAAGUGUGAAAGCGCUAGAAAACGGCAGGCCAGCCUGCUUGAUCCAGAAUCAGCUGCACGUGGUAUGGAGUGGAAAGACAAUGAAAUCUUGCAUAGGCUUGUGGAUGUUUUGUUCUGGCUGCAAAUCGUGGAAGUUCGAUGGGGACCAGGCCAGACCAAGCUACACGACAGUAUUACCAAUGAGGUGAUACGCUCACUGGAACGGCUGGACGCGCAACCUCAACCACAGCCGCUGAUUAAGGCAGCACCACGCCCAUCAGUACCACCGCCGAUCAUCAUAUCGGUGCAGUCCAGUGUAGUUCAAAACGUUGCGCCGGCAGUUAACCAUUUCCCGUCGCCUGGGACCACCAGACCGCUACCACUGUGCCCACAAACUGUUAUGGUUUCCCGGCACUCUUUGCCGCCAAUCUUCAUUCGGCCCAGUACCGGGAUUGUGCCCACAGGAGGACCAGCGACAGCCAAUCAGUUUCGGUGACACGGUAUUCUGCAUUCCCUCUGACCCGACCGCUCAAUCCGGUAGUGUCUACCGGAUCAGGUAAUCAUCAGUCACCAGGAAACAACGGCGGCACCGGACAAAAUACUAGCCUUUCCAAUAUUCGGCCAACCAUCAGCCGCCCACUGACCACUGAGUCCCGUUUAUGGUCUUUUUACUACUGGACUCAAUACGAAUUCAAAACAAGUCAAACACCGGGUCAAAUUAUCGCCUUAACCAUUAGGCCACGCGGCCAACAGACUUGUAGUUACAAAAAAUUAAAUAAUAUGGGGCUGCGAAGUAGUGCUAUCUCAUAAUCGCAUGUUGACUGUAUGUCAAUAGAAGUACUGCACAUACUCUACAAGCGUGUGUCAAAAUAAUGGUAUAAUAUAGAUAAAAAAUAUAUGUCUCCGUCAAAUUUGUUUAAUUUUCUCUGAAAUAAAUUU